GUUUUGGAUUAUAACCUUAAGAUUGACCACGGCGGUAGUUAUUUGUACUGAAGAGCAAAAGGAGUAACCAAACCCGCGAUAAGGUAGUGUCCGACAAUUUAAGCUAUAUCCUAUGGCACUUCACUUUCUCAUUUGAUGGUAACCAGGAUGUUUCGGUACGGAAUAUUUCUACUGGGACUGGUAUCUAGUGCACUGGCAGACACAGACCCCUGCCAAGCUGAUAACCAUGUCAUUAUGAACGACCCAACCCGAUUCACAACUUACCAAACUGUCCAGACAUCCGUCCGAUGUGACACUGACUUGGUGAAGCAGUGGUACCGGAUCCCGUUUGGUUCUGUAGCCACAACACCACCGCCUGUUUACAGAUGUGGUACUGAUCAGCCUGUGUGGAUCCAACCAGAAACUUUACCGGCGACGGGAGAAAGCAAGUUAGUGACAAUAUGCCUCAGGACACAAUCUGACGUGUGUGCCGCUACUGGAUAUAUCGAAGUGAAAAAUUGUGGAUCUUUUUAUGUUUAUGAGUUGAGGCAGCUGAAUCCAGAUUAUUGUAAUCUCGCCUAUUGUUUAGAAGCAGACUCCAGCACAAAGGUACUGCCUUUUGUGACAACAUCUCUGGUUGAGGGUACGACGACGAUACAAGGCGGUAAUACAUUCCCGAGCAAAACUAUACUCUUCACGUGUGACUUGGAAUAUAAUACUGACGUAGAUCCGACGGCGUUGUACUAUGAUGUUGUAUGGUACAUCAACGAUCAAGAAUUAAAACGAUUGACCGAUCUCAGUUACUCUUCCUUUUUAUCCGAUGGAAACCUCAGAGAAAAUGAUUGGAUAGAACAACACUCUCUCCCUAUGCAGGUAGCUUGUGCCAUAGAAGCGAAAUCUGGAGUAUCUACGGGUACGGGAAACUUUGAACGCAGUGCUUCUUUCUUUGCUGGAUUCAAGGCGGAACUAUCGGGUGACACUCUUCAGGAAAACGGCGAGUUAGAACUGGCAGUACGGCUGACUGUUCCUCUAGGAUGUAUGUACGCGGGAACAGACAACGUCCAGCAAUAUGAAGAGGACAACUGUUUUAUGGACAUUCGAGUGGUUACACCAAGUAUAGAUACAGACCAGUGUACACUAGGUGGAGUCACCAACAACGCCAUCACUUUUACCCCUCACAUUUGUACAGUAAAGAUAUACCACACUACCUGGAACACUACAACUGUGAUGAAAGUUCACGGAGCUCCGGACAAUAUUAUAAACUCUGGACACCGCUCGGCAAGGAUACAGUUACGUAGUGACUUUGUCCCUGCACACAAUGUGUGGGAAAAUGUAUUCAGUGAAAUCAUAGAGGUGCACGUUCAUGAUGACGAUAUAAACAUCAUGGGAAAACAAUGUCACUCUUCCAAUGACCCACACAUGAAAACAUUCGAUGGCAGGCCUUACGAGCUACAAAGAACUGGGGAAUUCGUCUUGUAUGAACACGAGGAACUAUCGAUUGCGAUUCACGCCUACUUCCAAGCAUGUGAAUGGGGAAUACCAAACGCCAAAUGUAAUUGUGGAAUCGCUAUCAAAAACCAAAAUGCUGUUUUCAGGGCCAACUUCUGUAAACAUUCAGAUGGAUAUAACAAUAUCAUCGAGUUCAACGGAUGCGACGAAGAUGCGAUGACGAUAAACGCUUAUCGUUCACUUAACACGUUUGGAUCUGGUUUUGAGAUAAUUCUUCCGUCGGGGACAAUGGUGACAUUCAAAUACGGCUCAUAUGUGGGGAAUGAUGUAGUUUUUAUCCACUACAUCUACAUAAAGCCGUCGAUUUUAGACUGGAAAACAUCACAAGGCUUGUGUGGAUAUUUGGAUGGAACAACGACAAACGAUUUUAAAAAGAAAGAUGGUUCCGACACCACUGAUGCCAUGGAAUUUAGUGAAAGCUGGAAGAUAGUUUCCGGAAGUUCAAAGUCAUUGUUUAUAAAUCCACUGGAAACACAUUCGAUUCCUACAACAAUGAUCCAUGAAUACUGUACCUGCAAAGACAAAGAUCAAAUUUCCUGUUCAGCGUCCCCAGCGGAGCCCUGCUCUUCCUCCGACCCAUCAAACGCUGAGGAUUUUACUGGAUACGUUGAUACGUGCAUACGGACAUUUUCUAAACGUGACACUGACGACCAGGAGACGGUGUACUUCCCACAGUAUCCCAACGAGGAAGAGAGUGAUGAUGAAGAUAGCGAGAUCCCUGACUGGUCUGGAAACUGGACAGAAGCAUCAGCCACUGCAACUUGCCGUGAAUUUCUCCGUGCCAGCCCUCUCAUCCAGAUAUGUGAACAAAUGAUACCCGGAUUCGAUAGUGAGGUCUAUGUACCGGAUUGUACAAAGGAUGUAAAGCUUACAGGGUCGACUUUGUUCAUGGAGUCAACACUCUCCUUACUACAGACGGCGUGUAUUGCUGAAGCAGUUCGCUUAGAAAACCUCACAACCGAAAGUACAGCCAAUGGGAGCACCAUCUUGGAGGAUAUUUUGUCAAUAAGUUGUUCAAACAAUUGCUCCAAUGCGGGGUCGUGUAUAAACGGUACUUGUCAAUGUGAAACUGGCUAUGGAGGGGUUGAUUGUUCUGAAAGUGGAAGCAUCUCACCCUCUCUAUCACAGGACAGGAAUAUGGGGCUGUGUGAUUCAUCUAUAAACGUCUGCUCAAAAAUCGCCAUAUCGGGAAGAAACUUUAUGCGGCAACAACUGACGUGCAAGGCGAGGCGUUUUAAGAUUAUGGAUUCGGUUGUCCAAAUGGAAGGAGAACCAGUGAUAUUCAGUGCCAUAUACGUCAACGCUUUCCUUGCUGUGUGUAAAAUCCCAGCUUCCAGAAAACGUCGCUCCACUUCCCAGAAUCUGCCGAGUGGCUACAAGAUAAGCUUAUCUAAUGAUGGGACGACUUUCAGCAGCGAGGUCAUUUCCAUCAUCUUUGACUUCAAGUGUUUCGACUGUAACAUAACGUCAAUGACUUGCAUAGAAAAGACUGGUGAUGGCUGUAGCCAGACCGUAGAGGACACUCUCCAGACCACAGCUGAGGACGAUUCAUCAGGAACGAACAUAGCCGUUGGUGUCACUGUGGUCAUCAUAGUCCUCAUCAUCGUCAUCGUCCUUGCAGUGUGCAUAAAGAAACAUUAUCUGAAGAGGCCAAAAAUUGAAACUAUUCCCGAAAAGAACAAUUUCAACUUGUCGACGAUUGAUUCAUCCGACCUAAUCAUCGGUGCGUUUCCAGCGGCCCACACCUAUCCCUCAGAAAAGCCGUCUUGGAUACCAUCUGGCACUUCUGCAUAUCCGGACAAAUAACACUCGUGGCUUAUUGAGUGCAUUUCAUUUCAACCAGAUACUAUUCGGUCUUUCUUGUUACAAGCAUUUCAUUGGCUUAAAAGCUUAUGUUAACAGCCCAUAACGUUUGUAACAUCGCUUUUGACUGGCUGAUACACAUGCGUAAUAAUUUAGAAGAGAAAAGAGUUCGUCAAAAAAUAGGAUUUCCACAGAGAUUGUGUACGGUAGAUUAAAUUACAAGGAUUAACAAGGAUUGUUAUGGAGCUAUAACAAAAAAACACAGAGCGCGCUGUCAUCAUAAACCGCUUUAACUUCACGGUUUAUUUAGGGUAUACCCCGUUUUUUGUGUUAUUGCUCCGCUCCUUUAACAUAAAGAGAUAUUAAAGUUAGCCCUUAGAUAAAGCUGGACUAAUGUGGAAGUAUAUUCUACUGUAAUUAUAUUUCCAUUGCAGUAAGUUACAGCUCAUUCUUCAGCCCACUGGUUCUGAGUGACUGCGUGAUUCUGUUCGGAUAUAUAUUUCUUAAAUUUCCUUUUUUUUCUGUUUUUACAUGUACAGUAUAUCAUUCUAAACGACCAGUGGGGAUCACGUUUUCGUAGAUGUGUACUGUUUAUUAAAGUUAGAUAUACUAUAAAUGUUCCACGUUAUGCAUAUCUAUGAGAUAUAGAUUUUCCCCUUGUACUUGUAUUUGUAGUUGUAUCACGGGACAUUAAAAUCCUAUUGAAUAUUAAAAAACUCGUAAAUAAUUUUAUCGGAACCAAUUAAAAAUGUAACGACAUGGUCAAUUGUAGGAAUUUGAUCGGAACCAAUUAAAAAUAUAACGACAUGGUCGAUUUAAGGAAUUGAUCGGAACCAUUUAAAAAUAUAACGACAUGGUGGCUGUAGGAAUUUGAUCGGAACCAAUUAAAAAUGUGACAUGAUAUACUCCUACUGGUAAUUGUUAUCAUUUCUUCCAAUACAUAAAGUCACUGACUGGUAUGUAUAAAGAUAUAUAAACAUAUGAAACUUUACCGAUAUACGAAAACAAAUGGAAGGUACCAACAGGUUUACUUUAAUUCACAAGAUAAUUCAUUUCAGGAGUUCAUCUCUAUCAAUAUACUAAUAAUAUGCACAGCACAUCAAGUCUAAAUAACAAACUUAUUCAAAAUUACCUACCUUAUAUGUGUGUAUGUACGCUUGCCUGUCAGUUCCUUCCUGUAAACUUACCAAACAAAGUGGCAUUUAUCGGAUUAUAAAUGCCAUUGCUCGUAUGGACAUUAAUAACAAAUUUUGAUUGUGUUUUUAUCAACCGUAUGUGUAUGCUUAGAAAUAUGGUUGUACGUGUGUGUUUAUGAAGAAGGAUAUAUGUGUGAGUUUAGAGCACUGAUGCUGAAUUCCAGACUCCAAACGACAAACGACAUUUUUAAUUGGACGAUUGAGUAAAAAGUCUGAAACCCUUGAAUUUAAGCCGGACGAUGAGUUAAAGUGGCGAGUAAAGGGAGCUAAUCGAUUAAAACUCUUGUAUUUUAAUUUUUCUUCCAUUUCAAUGUUCAUUGUUUGCAAACAAACACACACAGGCUGAAGUAUUUAGAUUGAUGUUGACAUCACUCGUCAAUACAGGUUUAUAUUGAUGUUGACACCACUCGUCAAUACAUUUGUAUAUUGAUGUUGACACCACUCGUCAAUACAUUUGUAUAUUGAUGUUGACACCACCCGUCAAUACAUUUGUAUAUUGAUGUUGACACCACCCGUUAAUACAUUUGUAUAUUGAUGUUGACACCACCCGUCAAUAUAUUUGAAUAUUGAUGUUGACACCACCCGUCAAUACAUUUG